UUCCCUUUCAGAUCUGAUUACUGAUUUCCGUUCCUAAUUUCAGUCUUGCUAACCCUAAAAUUCAUAACAUACUUUGGGAUCUCAUCAACGGAAUCUUCCCCUCUAAUUUGUUAAAUGGAUAUCAAAUUAGGGGCGAAGAUCGAAAUCACUUGAUUUUAUUUUUCAUUGAGGAACUAUUAGCUACUCUAGUGGCAAAAAGAUUAAAGUAUGCAUGAGUAAUGAUUCGUGUGGGUAUCUGCUUGAUCAUAAUUGCUUUGCUUUGGUGUGCCUUUCAAUCUCUCAGGCAAAUGCAGCUUCCGGAAUGGCGGUCCAUGAUGACUGCAAGUUGCGGUUUUUGGAGCUCAAGACAAAAAGGACUCACAGGUUCAUAGUUUUCAAGAUUGAGGAGAAUCAAAAGCAAGUCAUUGUGGAGAAGCUUGGUGAGCCAGCUCAAGGCUACAAAGAUUUCGCUGCUUGCCUCCCUCCUAAUGAGUGCCACUAUGCUAUAUAUGAUUUCAAGUUCUUAUCCGAAGGCAAUGUCCCCAAGAGCAGGAUUUUCUUCAUUGCUUGUUGGAAAUGUACUUGUUGGAGAGCAAGGCGGGUGCCAUAGUUUGCGUGCUUUUGUCCCUUUUCUUCUUGGGGACAUGGCCUUCUAUCUUGACUUUGUUAGAGAGGCGAUGGCAUCUUCCUCAGCAUACUUAUCUUGAUUACUCGCUCACCAAUUUUCUUGCUGCUCUUUUCAUUGCAUUCACAGUUGGUGAGAUAGGCAAGAGCACACCAAGUGAGCCAAAUUUUUUAGCUCAACUUGCUCAGGAUAAUUGGCCCUCUGUUCUGUUUGCAAUGGGGGGUGGUGUAGUCCUAAGCCUUGGGAAUCUGGCCUCGCAAUAUGCUUUUGCUUUUGUUGGGCUGUCAAUUACUGAAGUCAUCACUGCAAGCAUAACUGUUGUUAUAGGCACAAGCUUGAAUUACUUUUUGGAUGGAAAAAUCAAUAGAGCUGAGAUUCUUUUUCCUGGAGUUGGUUGCUUUCUGAUUGCAGUUUGUCUAGGUUCUGAUGUUCAUUCUUCGAAUACUGCUGAUAAUAAAGUCAAGCUCAGCAAUUUAUCAAGUGAUUAUAACGCUGGAUCAGUGGACUCUUUCACAGAGGGAGGUCUUGACGUGAUUUGCACUGAUAGGACAUUGGUCUUUUAUGAGAAGCAAGAGAACUUGUCAAAAUUAUGGGAUAUUCUUGCAAUUUAUGCUUGGCUAGAUAAAGAUGUUGUCUAUGGUCAAGGGACUCCUUGCAGGCACCUAUUGACCACUGGAUGGAGCAAUUUUGUGAUCCAGAAGAAGCUUGUAGCUGGUGAUUCCAUUGUGUUCUUGAGAGCUAAGGAUGGUGAUCUGUGUGUUGGGAUACAGAGGGCCAAGAAGGUGGUAGUUGGAGGUGGCGAGGUGUCGGUGUCAUUGGUGGUUGAAGCUGUGAGUUGUGGUGUUAAUGGAAGGCCAUUUGAGGUUGUGUACUAUCCAAGGGGAAGCUCACCUGAGUUUUGUGUUAAGGCCUCAAUUGUGAGAGAUGCAAUGAAAGUGAGGUGGUGUUUUGGGAUGAGGUUCAAGAUGCCCUUUGAGACUGAGGAUUCUUUUAGAAUCAGUUAGUUCAUGGGAACCAUUUCUUCUGUUCAGCUUCUUGAUCCCAUUCAUUGGCCUAAUUCUCCAUGGCGUCUUCUACAGGUACAUCUUUUAAUUGCUAUUGUCAAAUUUCUAAUGAACCUAGAUUUGUUUCUUGGGUUAAUUUUGUCAUGAGA